AUGUCAACCGCAUCCAAGGGAACGUUUCCUCCCGUCUUUGCGGAGCUCGAAAGAUCCAUAAAUUUUGCGGAGCAGCAGGCUCAACAAAACAAAGAGGCGAGUGCCUCUUCAACAAUGCCAGCGAGCCCCUUGGAGAAAGACAGGAAAGCCAGACGCCUUAGAAGAUUCCUGUCCAAGAUGCGGGAAUGCAGAGACCGCAUCUGCGAGGUGGCUAGUAUCUCAAAAAUCCGACAGAAACUCCGCCACAGGAGAUAUAGAGUCAGGAAGGGCGACCCGGCGCCGAAGCCACCGCCAUACUGUCCCCACUGGCAUAAACCCCGGUAUAAGGUGGAGAAGGCGUAUAUGAGGAUAGGGACAGAGCGUCUCAGGGUCUACACACCGGGGCACAAGACCCGCCUGGAAAAGUACGAGGCACGUAUGCGGGAGGCAGCGUUGAAGGAGGCAAGGCUGAAUGUGGGCUGUCACAGCAGCCACUCUAACUCACAGGCCACUACAUUGACUGCUCAGCAGGCGGAUCUCGAGGCGGAGCUAGAGAGCUUAUCCAAGCAGCUGCAGGAAUCUGAAUUUUGCAACGAGCAGUUGGUGAAGGAACUGUUUGCGUUGCACCUCACUGCGAGACGGGACCAGCAAGAGGAACCUCAGGAAGCGCACGCUUCCACAGAAGAGACAAUCAGCGGUCACAGAAGUCUCGGAACUGUUGCGCUGAAAGGGAAAGAAGCACCAAACAGAUUCGGGCACCUCGAAGCCAGUUGGCAGUCACAGUCAAUUGCUCUUUUGAAUUGA